GCAUGUAGAGGAGGGCAGCUGGCGACACAUUUGUUUUAAAAAAGAAGAUACGCAGCCCUCGCAGCAGUUUUUUUUUCCUUCCCAAAUCACUGGAAACUUAAUACACAAAAUAAUUAAUAUACAUUUUUUUCCUGUUAUAUUGGAUAAAAAAAUAUGACCCGUAGCAGAGUAACGGGGUUGCUGGUUGCGCUGUGCAUAAGCAAUGCUGUGCAUUGUUUGCCGCAGUCGACAAAGAAAAAUAAGAGGCAAGCUCAGGAAGAAGUUCUACUUGACGCAGCUCUUGAAGAGUCUGGACUUCAUCCAGCACUUCAGAACAGCUGCACCGAGAAUGGCCGUUUUUAUAAAAAGAAUGAUCAGUGGGAGAGACCAUACAUGGGAAGCAUCUUAGUCUGUACUUGUCAAGGAGCGGCGGGAAUUACAUGCGAAUCUAAGCCUGCAGCUGAAGAAACAUGCUACGACAAAUUCAACGUAAGAUCGUACAGCGUCGGGGAAACCUACGAGCGACCGAAGGAUGGCAUGAUCUGGGACUGCACGUGUAUCGGUUCUGGAAAGGGCAAAAUUAGUUGCACCAUAGCAAACCGUUGCCACGAGGGAGGGCGUUCAUACAGAAUUGGAGAAACUUGGAAUCGGCCUCACGACACUGGGGAUUACAUGCUUGAGUGCGUGUGCCUUGGUAAUGGAAAGGGAGAGUGGACCUGCAAGCCUAUUGCUGAGCGAUGCUAUGACACCUCCGUCGGCACCUCAUAUGUGGUUGGGCAGAUAUGGGAGAAACCCUACCAGGGCUGGAUGAUCGUGGACUGCACUUGUCUGGGAGAGGGUCAUGGACGCAUUACCUGCAGCUCCAGGAAUCGCUGUAAUGACCAGGACACCCAGUCGUCAUACCGUAUUGGCCAGACUUGGACCAAGGUGGACUCCAAAGGACACAUGCUACAGUGUCUGUGCACGGGCAAUGGGCGCGGCGAGUGGAAGUGUGAAAGACUCUCCUCAACACACACCGCCCUCGGCUCCGGCUCCAAAGCGGUGGCCCAUGUCAGGCCUGUGACCCACCAUGUGAAUGUUCUGCCCCAUCUUGUUGAGGAGGAGGGCUCCUGUCGCACGAGCACCGAUGUCAUCUACUACAGCGGAAUGCGCUGGGUCCAGUUGCAGGGCAACAACCAGAUGCUGUGCACUUGCAUCAAUGGUGGCAUCAGCUGCGAAGAGUGGGAUGGUCAGUCGCAGGUGUAUGGUGGGAACUCCAAUGGGCAACCAUGCAUGUUCCCUUUCGUAUUUGAGGGAAAGACGCACUACUCCUGCAUCUCUGAAGGCCGCUCAGAUGGGCAGCUGUGGUGCAGUACCACCUCCAACUACGACACCGACAGACAGUAUGCUUUCUGUACCCAGAGGAACUUGAUGGUGACAACCCGCGGUGGCAAUUCCAACGGGGCUCUAUGCCAAUUCCCCUUCCUCUACAACGGGCGUAACUACACCGACUGCACGUCGGACGGCCGCCACGACGGCAUGAAGUGGUGCGGCACCACCACGAACUACGACGAGGAGCGCCGCUUCGGUUUCUGCCCCAUGGCUGCUCAUGAAGAGGUCUGCACUAUCAACAAUGUGAUGUAUCGCCUGGGUGAGGAAUGGGACAAACGACAUGACACCCUGGGUCACAUGAUGCGCUGCAAGUGUGUGGGCAACGGCCGUGGCGAGUGGACCUGCAUCGCCUACUCCCAGCUCCGAGACCAGUGCAUCGUAGACGGUGUAACGUAUGAGGUGAACCAGACCUUUGACAAGCGCCACACUGAAGGCUACAUGAUGAACUGCACGUGCUUCGGCCAGGGCCGAGGCCGCUGGAAGUGUGACGCCAUCGAUCAGUGCCAGGAACCUGAGACCAAGACAUUCUACCAGAUUGGUGAAACAUGGGACAAAGUCAUCCACGCUAUCCGCUACCGCUGCUCCUGCUAUGGCAACGGCAUCGGCGAACUGGCCUGUGAGCCUCUGCAGUCCACAGUUCCAGUGCGUGUGAUCAUCACAGAGACAGGAAACCAGCCCAACUCUCACCCAAUCCAAUGGAACCCACCGUCAUCGGCCCAUAUUACCGAAUACAUUCUCAAGUGGAAAGUGAAAAACACACGUACCCCAUGGAAAGAGGCUGUCAUUCCUGGCCACAUCAACUCCUACACCAUUUCAGGACUUAAGCCGGGUCUGACGUACGAGGGCCAGCUCAUAAGCAUCCUUCGCUAUGGUCGCAGAGAGGUCACGAGAUUUGACUUCACCACCUCUUACGGUUCUUUGAUUCCCACUGAAGGUGUGACCACACAACCAGCACCUGUUGUCGAUACCUCAGAGUCCGUCACCGAAAUCACCUCCAGCAGCUUCGUCAUCUCCUGGGUCUCAGCGUCCGACACCGUGUCCGGCUUCAGAGUGGAGUACGAGCUCUCUGAGGAGGGAGCCCAGUCAAACGUGAUCGAUCUCCCACGCACAGCUAGCUCAGUGAACAUCGUCAACCUCCUUCCUGGCCGUACAUACAAUAUACAAGUUUUUGAAGUUCAGCCAGAGGGAAGCACCAACCUUAUCCUGACCACCAAGCAGACCACUGCCCCUGAUACUCCAACUGACCACAGAGUUACAGGUGUUGAGGACACAUCCAUUGUGAUCUCAUGGACCAAGCCACAGGCACCAAUCACUGGCUACCGAGUGGUGUACACCCCAUCCAUCGAGGGAGGCAGCACAGAGUUGAUCCUCCCCGAAACGGCGACCUCUGUGACCCUGACCGACCUCUACCCCGGUUCAUCGUACAAUGUCAGCAUCUUUGCAGUGGAGGACAACCUGGAGAGCAAGCCAGUGAUCCUGUCCGUCACCACAGCUGGCGAACAGCAGCCUGAGGAGGUCCCUGCUCCGACGGACCUGCAGUUCUAUGAGGUGACUGAUGUCAAGAUCGCCCUCACCUGGACGGGCCCCCCGACCGAGGUGUCGAGCUACCGGGUGACCUUUGAGCCGGUGACUUCAGAUGGGCGGAGCCAGAGGCCACUGCAGCUGCCCAUCACACCCAAUGCCUACGCUGAGAUUACGCGGCUGCAGCCAGGGACGCGCUACCGUUUCCAAAUCUACGCCAUCAGCGGAGUCAGCGAGAGUGAACCUCUGGUGGGCGAAAAGGCAACGAAGCCAGAUGCACCGACGGACCUGCGCUUUACUGACAUCACGGAGGACACCGCCCUGGUCAUGUGGUCUGCCCCCACAGCACAGGUCACGGGAUACCGCCUCUUUGUCACCAUGGGCGGUUCCACUCCUAAACAGCUGAGGAUCCCGGGCAGUGCGACGCAGUUCGAGCUCAACCGCCUGCACCCUGACACGGACUACAUAGUCGUGCUGCACUCAGAGCAGGGCAGUGCCCUUAGCGAGGGUGUCACUGGCACCUUUACCACCUCUCUGCCCAUGGGCAAUGCUCCUCGCUUUACUACCGAUGUCACUGACACCUCCAUCAUCAUUUCAUGGACCCCUGUGCCACGUUUCAGCUACAAGCUUUCAGUGAAGCCCAGCCAGGGUGGUGAGGCACCCAGAGAUGUGACCUCUAGCUCAGGAAGCAUUUACAUCUCCGGCCUCACUCCAGGAGUGGAGUACACCUACAGUGUCCAGCCCAUUGUCAAUGGCCGCAAGCAGGGCAAGCCCAUCACACGCAACGUUGUUACUUCAUUGUCACCCCCGACAGACCUGAACUUGCUGUCAAAUCCCGACACGGGCGAGCUCCGGGUGAGGUGGCGCAGCAGCCAAUCACCUGACAUCAGUGGUUACCGAGUGACAUGCUCACCGACAAAUGGGCAGCGCGGAAACUCCCUAGAGGUAGUUGUGAUGGCGGAUCAGACCUCUUCCACUCUGGACAGCCUGAGCCCAGGCGUGGAGUACAAUGUCAGUGUCUACACAAUCAAAGACCACUUGGAAAGUGAGCCAAUCUCCGGAACAGUCACCCAAGACAUGCCGAAGGUGAGAGACCUCGGCUACAUCAAUGUCACCGACACUACCAUCGGGAUUCAAUGGACCUCACUAAAUUAUCCGGCCAUUACCGGAUACCACAUCAAGGUAGUUGCCACUGGUGAGACAUUGCCCAUUCUGGAGGAUUCUGUGGACUCCUCCACCAGUUAUUAUAUGGUUCGGGGACUGGAGCCUGGCAUCGAUUAUGACAUCAGCGUCACCACGGUCACAGAAGACGGCGAGAGCGAGCCGAUGACGAUCACCCAGCAGACUCAACCUGCCGUCCCACCUCCAGCGAAACUCGUCUUUGGGGAGGUGGGUCCAGACUCCAUGCGGGUGUCAUGGACGCAGCCGUCUGUCCAGCCUCGGCAGAUCAGCCGCUUCGUUAUACGCUACCACCCUACCAGCAGUGAUGACGACAUCGAAGAGAUCAACGUGGGUGGAGCCACCAGCACCUUCCUCUUGCAAAACCUACUGCCACUUACGGAGUAUCUAGUGAGUGUGGUGUCUGUGUAUGAGGAGAGAGAGAGCACACCUGUGACCGGCAAACAGAAAACAACGCUGGAUUCUCCAACGGGCCUGGAAUUCUCCGAUGUCUUCACCAACUCCUUCACUGUGCACUGGAUUGCUCCCCGAGCCGUCAUCACAGGCUACCGCCUCCGCUACCAGCCCACCACUGGGGGACGCCCCAAGGACGAGCGCCUGCCCCCGACACGGACCCACUACAUGCUGACGAAGCUGACCCCCGAGACUGAAUACAUUGUGCACAUUUAUGCCAUCAGCGGCACCCAGGAGAGCCUGCCGCUCACUGGGACCAAGGCCACCAUCUCUGAUGCUCCCACUGACCUGGAGGUGACCUCCUCCACACCGACCAGCAUCACCAUCACAUGGGAUGCGCCCGCUGUCCCUGUGCGUUACUACAGAGUCACUCACGGUGAGACAGGAGAGAGUGGCUCUACCAAGGAGUUCACUGUGCCGGGCACAGAUUCGACUGCCACGAUCAGUGGCCUGCAACCAGGCACUGAAUACACCAUCACCGUGUAUGCAGUGACUGGCCGUGGAGACAGCCCCGCCUCCAGCACGCCCACUAUCAUCACGCACAGGACUGGCAGCCAUAAUGUCCCCUCACCCUCUGCCUUGGACGUGACGAAUAUCCAGGACAGUGUCAUGACUGUGCGCUGGAGUCCAGCAAAAGGGCCCAUUACAGGCUACAAGGUCACAGGGGUUCCCCAAAGUGGAGAGGGACCCACCUUCACCAAGGUGGUAGGCCCCGAUCAGACAGAGUUGAAAGUAACAGGCUUGAAGCCUACGGUGGAGUACGUCAUAAGCGUGCAUGCUAUCAGCCGUGAUGGGGAGAGCCGCCCAGUGGUAGAAAAAGCAACUACAUCUUCAAGCCAUCCAGAUCCUUCUGGUGAGCUGGCAUUCGAUAAUGUUGACACCACGUCCCUUAGAGUGUCGUGGAGCAUCCCGCAGGGUCCCGUGACAGCAUACCGGGUCCUGUACUCCAGCUCCCAGGAGGGGAUGCGUGAAUGGCAGCCAGCUCCUCACAGCUCCGACCACACCGUGCUGCUAAGCGGCUUGCGCCCAGCAACCGAGUACACGGUCCAGGUCAUUGCCUUGAAUGGCCAUCAGACCAGCGCAACCCUCCAGGGAUCGCAGGCCACUGCUGUACCCGCCCCCACGGACAUCCAGUUCAGAGAUGUUGGCCCCUCCUCUUUUGUCGUGCUGUGGAGAGCCCCCGUGGUCAGGCUUAGUGGCUACCGUGUGAUGGUCACCCCCAAGAACAAACAUGCCCUGCCCAAAGAGAUGAACGUGGCUCCUGACUCUACGCAAGUGACAGUGCCUGGACUCCUGGUUGCCACCGUGUAUGAGGUUCGCGUUUACGCACUGAAGAACUCCCUGAGCAGCCGACCUCUGGUUGGAGAGGUCACCACUAAUGAAGACAUUAGCCCACCUCGGCGUGUGCGCAUCUCCGAAAUGAAGGACUCUAGCGUCACGCUCGCCUGGCGCACUAAGAUCGAGCCAAUGACGGGCUUCCUCGUUGAGGCCACUCCCACCACUGGCAGUCACCAACCCAUUAGGAAGGUGGUGCCAGCUGAAGAGCGCACUGUCACCAUCACAGGUCUGCAGCCAGGUAUCAAAUACAGGAUAAGCAUCUACACCCUAAACGGAGAAAGUCGCAGUGACCCUUUCACCCUCAUAGUCACCACAGCUCCCCCAACUGUCCAGCCUCCCACCAACCUGCAGUUCACCUCCCUCACCCCAACUUCCAUCUCCUUUGCCUGGCAACCGCCCACCAGCUACAUCACAGGGUAUUAUAUCACCUAUGAGGAGGCAGGGAGCAGUCCACGUGAGCUCUUACCACGCCCACAUGCUGGCGUCAAUUACGCCACCAUCACUGGUUUGAAACCAGCAACUGAAUACAUCAUUAAGAUCAUUGCUCUCCAGAACACCAAAACAAGCCCCCCACUAGUAGGCAAAGCAAGGACCCAGGAACCCACAUCGCUUUUGCUGCCCACUCCCCCGCGCCAUGGCUCCCAUGACCGCCUGGAUGUGCCCGAGGUGGAUGUGGAAGACAACAGGGUGCACGUGGCGGGCCCCACGGCCCAGCCGGACCUGGGCGGCCAUGGGCAGCAUGUGGAGUACACAGAGUACAACAACAGACCCAGCCAGCCCAGCGGGGACUACCAACCCAGCAUCAAUCGGCCCCAUGUCCCCGGAGUCGGGGAGACACUGGUGUACAUCCCUAAGGCAGGAUCGGAUGGGGGCCGGGUGCCCGUGAUCGUCCAGGUGAAUGAGAGGCCCGGUUAUGGCCUCCCUUUUGGUUUUCCAGAGAACCAGACAGGGACGCCGCAGGAGGCCCAGACCCAGACCACCAUCUCCUGGCCGCCUUUCCAGCAGAGCUCUGCCUACCUGGUUUCCUGCCACCCCAUCACACAUCAGGAAGAGAAGGCAUUCCAGAUGCGCAUCCCAGCCACCUCCACCACUGCCACACUGAUCGGCCUCACUUCAGGAGCCUCAUACAACGUUAUCGUGGAGGCACUGAAGGGGGCGCUAAAGCACAAGAUCCUGGAAAAGAUCAUCACCGCUGGGAACACGGUUGCAGGGGGGCCUGCUCCACCCAGCAGUGACUCGUGCUAUGACACAUUCACCGCUACCUACCACGAGGUUGGGGAUGAGUGGGAGCGCAUGUCUGAGACAGGCUUCAAGCUCUGGUGCCGAUGCCUCGGUCUGGGAAGCGGCCAUUUCAGAUGUGACUCGUCAAAGUGGUGCCACGACAAUGGUAACAACUAUCGCAUCGGGGAGAGGUGGGACAGGCGGGCUGAGAAUGGUCACAUGAUGAGCUGCACCUGUCUUGGCAAUGGCAAGGGAGAGUUCAAAUGCGAGCCACACGAGUCAACGUGUUAUGACGAUGGGAAAAUGUACCACAUUGGCAACCAGUGGCAGAAGGAAUACCUCGGCGCUAUCUGCACCUGCACCUGCUACGGCGGACAACAGGGCUGGCGCUGUGAGAACUGCAGAAGGCCGGGAGCAGAGAUCGACGCUAGCCUGCUGCAGCCAGUCCAUUCGGACAAACUCAGCCUUUCCCGGGACAGCACGCUACGCAAAGUGAACAUUCAGUGCCCCAUUGAGUGCCUCCGUCCAGACCUUUUGGCUGACGCUGUUGCCAACCACAACCCCAGAGAGUGAGGUCCGCAGAGCCCUUUGGACCGCUGCAUGACCCCCAGAUAUUCUUCCCAAACCCCAUAUGGGGCACUGUAUGGCAAUGUGAUGUUUGUAAGACUGUACUAACCCCUUAGUGUCCUAAAGCCCUCGUAACGUUUACCAUAUUCACUGUCGCUGCCCUACUGCUGCUUCUCAACAAGCAAGCUGACAUGAUUCCAUUGUAACACAGGACCCCCCUUCCCCCCUUCGCUGAUUGUAAUUGGUUGUAUUGUCGGUAAGGCUAACUGAUUGGCUUUUUUUUUUUUUUUUUACCUCAUUUAAAGACUUUAAGAAGGCAAUAAUCAAAUUUUAGCAUUGCAGUUUGCCACUCAGACUGUAAAUUAUUAGUAUUUUCAACUGCAUCUGAAGAACUUUUCUGAAGUGAACCAUGGUUGAUUCUAGAUAUUUUAUUUUAUUUUUUUUCAAUAAUAAACUACCUUACCAGUAUGAUCAGAAAAAAAAUGUAAUCAGGUAAUAAAUCUAUUUUUGUAAAUGUGCGUGAUGCAAAACAAUGACAACAGAAAUCCAGCACUGUAUUGUAAGAAUGUACCAUUCUGCUACACACAGAGGUUUCUUUCAGGUUUUAAAUUUGCCCUUUAUAGGUUCUAAAAGUGUUUAUCUUCUAAGGCUCAAGUUUAUUUGAAGCCAGCACUGUUUUUAGAUUAUUAUUCUUGAUUUUGGUAAUUUGUUUAAUUUCUUUACUUUUUAUUAGUUUAUUUUUUUUCCCUUGGUUCCUGAAGUGUUCUUUUUAAAUGCCUGCAGGAGAGUACUUUUUUUUGUACUGUCGGUGCCAAGUCUUCACUACUGUCAACUUUCCAUUUUUGAUAAAAGUUUUACAAAGACCAUCA